AUGCUCCAUCCCGUUGUAUUACCCGCUACUUGUGAAUUGUGUGGACAAUGGAUGCCAUCCCAUGCUGCGGCUUGUCCCCGUAACGGAAAACAUCCUUCACAGUGGUCACUGUGGUUACCGUCAACGCUGGAAACGAGCGUGUCCUCGGAAAAUCCACUCAAUGACGACCUGUAUCCCAUGGACGAUAUCGAACUACUACCGUCCGACGAUGAAUCGCCAUUUUAA